CCUCUCUCUCCCUCUCUCUCCUCUCUCCUCUCCCGCCUAAUUUCGACUUUUCUUUUGACGUGCCAUGUUGUCCCUUCCCUUGUGCCUUUUGUCCCAGGGUACUGUAAGUACUUACUCUACGGUGCUGUGCUGCUCCAUCUAAUUCUCAUAUUGCGAUUCCCCCCUUCUGCUCCUCUGCUACCUUGUGAUCUACUAACUGCUACCUCCUCACACCAUCUUUUUACUUUUUACCUUACCUCCUCCCCCCAACUGUUACACAUUCAUUCCACUUUCCCUUCUUCUCAACACUCACUCAACGGACUCUACCUUCUACCUUCUUCUAUACCGUUGUAUCCUACGUUUGCUGUUCUUGCUCUCGUCUUUCAACUCUUGCCCAAUCCUCCGCGGCGCUCUUCCUUCUUUUCACUCGCUUCGUGCGUUUGCUCCUUCCCCCAAACCGCCACCAAGAUGAGCCGCUCUCGCGUUCUCUCUCGCCGCCAGAUCGAAGGGCUCAUUGCAAACAAUCAAUCCAUCGUAAUCUUCGACAACAAGGUCCUGCGCUUGGACAAAUGGCUCGAGAGGCAUCCCGGAGGCAAGCUGCCGAUUCAGCACAUGGUGGGCAGAGAUGCCACGGACGAGAUCAAAAUCUACCACUCUUCGGAAACCCUACCGAGGAUGGAUAGCUUUCGAAUUGGAUACAUAGACAUGCCAUGGGUCAACUUUGAGCCCCCGAUUUCGGGUGGUAUCUUCCGCCCAUACGAAGGGGAAGCGAAUAUGCGAAAAUGCGCAAAGACGAUCACAACCACCCUCUGCCCCUCGAAGACAUCAGCUCUCCCUGGAGCCGAUGGGACCUGCAACAAGAAGGGUGCACCGCCACCUUGCCCGAAUGAAGAGUCACCGCUCAGCAACAUUCAGGAUAAAUUGGACGUGAACCAGCUGGUUACUGGCACGUUGGACAAAUUCCCAAGAAGCUGCACGCGGGUCGAGUUCAUGGACCUCGCUGAGCAGCUGGAGAUAGAUUCGGACAUUGGCAGAUUCCCAUCUGUGGACCCGGCAACCCAGAGGACUAUCAUCAACAGGUACCGCCAGUUACACCAGAAGGUUCAGGACGACGGCCAUUACGAGUGUCGCUUCUGGGAAUAUGGAAAGGAGUGUAUCCGCUACGUCUCCAUCUUCGCCCUCUCCAUGACGGCGUUGAAGUACGGGUGGUAUAUGACCUCCGCCAUGCUUCUGGGCCUGUUUUGGCACCAGAUCAUGUUCACGGCGCAUGACGCUGGCCACUUGGCUAUCACCCAUAACUACAUUGCCGAUACUCUCAUUGGGAUCUUCAUUGCGGAUUUCUGCUGUGGAUUAUCCAUUGGAUGGUGGAAGAGCAGCCAUAAUGUCCACCACUUGGUUCCCAACCACCCAGCCCACGACCCUGAUAUUCAGAACCUCCCCCUCUUUGCCAACUCUCCCAUGUUCUUCCAGUCCCUCCGCUCCACCUACUACAACUUCGACUUCGCCUGGGACCGCGCCUGCGAGAUCGCCAUCAAGUUCCAGAAGUACACCUACUACCCCGUCAUGGGCAUCGCACGCUUCAACCUCUAUCUCCUCUCCUGGCUGCACCUGAUCUCCCCGCGCUCCUCCAACAAGGGCACGGCAGCCUGGACGCGCCCCACCGAGAUCCUCUUCAUGGCCUGCUACUGGUACCUCUUCGGCUACCGCCUCCUCUGGCUCACGCUCCCCACCUGGACCAUCCGCGUAGCCUUCGUCCUCGUCUCUCACAUCAUCACCAUGCCGCUGCACGUCCAGAUCACCCUUUCUCACUGGGGAAUGUCGACCGCCGACCUUGGCGCUACGGAGUCCUUCGCACAGAAGCAGCUGCGCACCACCAUGGAUGUCGAUUGCCCCGAGUGGUUGGAUUUCAUCCACGGCGGACUCCAGUUCCAGGCCGUGCACCACUUGUUCCCGCGUGUGCCCCGCCACAAUCUGCGCAGGGUGCAGACGUUGGUUCGGGAGUUCUGCAAGGAUGUUGGGAUUGAAUAUACCAUCUUCGGAUUCGUAGAUGGGAACAAGGUCGUCCUCAGCAGGCUGGGCGAUAUCGCGAAGCAGGUUGAGAUUAUGGUCGCGUGCCAGAAGCACAAAGUUGAGACGGGGGAUAUGAGCAUCUAAAGCUAGCCAACCCACCGAUCUGACGACAUUUCUUGCUUCGUUACGAAUUUGUCUCUUUUAGCGUGUUUUGUUUUCUUUUUGACUACUUGCUUGUAUUUUUUAUUUUGGGCGGAUGAUGAGAGAUGGUCGGGCGCAUACAAGUUUUUCAAUUUGUCACAUUUUCAAAUCCAUAACACUGCAUUUUUUAUUGGCCGGGCGGAGGGGGCUGAGUCCCUGAGCCCAUGGCGAAGGGAGGUGGCCUUUUUAUGGCACUUCUCCCUUUUCUUUUCUUUGUUUGCGCGUACGAUGAGGAGGAUGAGGACGUCGCAUGGUGGUGGUGGAUAUACAUCAGCGAUGUGCAAAUUUUAUAGAUGAGCGAUAAUAAUAGAUGGUGUGACGACAAUUAGCUAGAAGUGCAUUCCUAGCUUCUAGGUUUAGAAACAUAAGAAGCUCUUAGAAUUCUGGCGUUUCUAACAUUCGUAGAGAAAGAGAACAGCGUGCAAUCCAUCGUAUAAAGAGCUGUUGAAAAGUUGCAAUAUCACAAGAUUUAUGAAGCUUACGACGCUUUGCAUAAAGCAGCGCCUUAUAACUUAUAAUAGAGAUCGUGGUGUUCGAGCUUCGGGUUUAGCGUCCCGCCCUGAUCGGGUAUCACGCGUGCACGUGCCUGCCGCCGCUUUCAACUUCUAUAAGAAGGCCACUCCCUCGCCCCCGAACUCUGUCCCUCUCCACCGUCGCUCCUGCCUCCUUACGUUCUCGCAUGUACUGCGCUCGUCGUGCCACGCUUGGCCCCCUCCGUCCCUCCCCUUCACACUGCAUGGCCCCGCCCAACGGAUCCCCUGCUCGGCCUCGCCGCAGCUGAAAACCCACACUGGCACAUGAACGUAUUCGCAAAGCCGCGUCGUCAAUUCACGCCCUUUGAUGGCUGUGACUACGCCUUCCAUGCCACCGAGCUCUUCGCGAUGGCGAGCCCUCUGAGAUCGGUCAAGAUGCGAGAUUGAGCGUUCAGAUCGCACCUCCUCUUGCGCCUUUCUUCGUCGCCGCCCACAUCUGAAGCCUGUUGCAACUGUACCAUGCGCAAUCUGCCUUGAGAGCGCCUUGCGCUAUGACCUAGCCAAUUGCAAAAAUGCCUCGCAAUAACGUUGCCGGCCCUUUGGUAGACCACCGCGCGGCACCUUUUGCGACAUUGCGAGUUACAUGCACUGAGCAGCGACGUUUGCCUCAGUCUAGGCUGAUCUUCGAGAGAAGGGCCGAUUUGAGAUCGAAGCGGAGACCCCUCUUGAUAGCCAUCGCGACCGCGACUAUCCGUGUAUUGCAGCCAUUCACCUUCGAGGCACUCAUUCGGGAAUACUACCGGGUCUGCGGAUAAAUGGAUAAGAGAGUGGACAAUCGCAAAGCCACCACCUUCAUGGCGCUGGUUUCAAGGAUUUAUGAAGGCUCAUCCAGAUCUAUUUCGAGUUAUUAAGACUAAGGCAAUUGCUCAAGUGCGUGUCACUUCUCACGACAUAUCUGCAGUCACAAAUUGGUUUGCAGAGUACUUAGCUUGGUGUACGCAGCAUAAUAUCCAGCCACAGGAUAUUUACAACUUUGAUGAGACUGGAUUCCGAGUAGGAGUAGCACUAGGACAAGAGGUGGUUGUUCCAGCAUAUAUCACAGAAAUGUAUGUUCCUAUGGCUGAAAACCGCAAAUCUGUCACAGUGAUCGAGUCUAUCUGUGCUAUUGGGAAAGAGUAUCCACCUGUGAUUAUUGUACAAGGACACCAGCAUAUGGAGUCUUGGUAUCAUGAAAAAUUGAAUGGCGACGAAUUAGUCUUGCUUUCAGAUUCAGGAUAUACAAACAGCGAGCUUGCGAUGAUAUUUUUGGAGCACUUUAUAAAGCAUACAGAUGCUGGCCCUAAUAAACCGAUGAAAGUGUUUCUUAUGGACAGCCAUAUAAGCCAUACAACUCCAGAGUUUCUCCUACGGGCUAUGUUACGAUAUCAAGUGCG